CAGAUAAAACAUACAGAAAGAAUGAUAGGAACAAAUUUUACUGAUGUGGUGGGAUUUAUUCUCCUUGGAUUUUCAGAUGACCCCAACCUACAAUGGCUUCUGUUUGGGAUUUUCUUGAUCAUCUAUGUGAACAUUCUUAUAGGAAAUGGCCUCAUCAUUGUCAUAACCAAGACUGAUUCAAUUCUCCAAACACCAAUGUAUUUUUUCCUGGGGAACUUUUCAUUUUUGGAAAUUUGUUACACCUCGGUCACCCUCCCCAAAAUGUUGAUGGAUCUUUGUACCAAAAACAGAAAUAUUUCCUUCCUGGGAUGUGCUGUGCAACUUUGUUUCUUUCUUAUUUUUGGAGUCACUGAGUGUUUUCUCUUGACUGUCAUGGCCUAUGACCGUUAUGUGGCUAUUUGCAAGCCUCUCUACUAUCCUCUUAUCAUGAACCACAAAGUUUCUGUCUGCUUGGUGCUUGCCUCUUGGAUUGGUGCAAUUCCUGGUCAGAUAGGACAGACAUAUCAGAUUUUCUCUCUUCCCUUCUGUGGUUCUAACAAACUGAAUCAUGCUUUCUGUGACAUUACUCCAGUACUGGAGGUGGCCUGUGGGGAUAUCUCUGUGAAUGAGUCUGCCAUCUAUGCUGGUACUGUGCUCUUUGCCAUGGUUCCCUUUCUGUUGAUACUUACAUCCUACAGCAGAAUCAUCAGCAGCAUCCUGAAAUUGCAAUCAGCCAAGGGGAGGCACAAAGCCUUCUCCACCUGUUCCUCCCAUCUCAUAACAGUUUCAUUAUUCUUUGGGUCUGGUAUUAUUAUGUAUUUGCGACCCAAGUCCAGCCAUUUAACAGGAACAGAUAAAGUGUUUUCUCUUUUCUACAAUAUGGUGACUCCAAUGUUCAACCCCCUGAUAUAUGCUCUGAGGAACAAGGAUGUCAUCAUAGCAAUGAAAAAAUUUCUACCUGCCUAG